CUUGGUUCUCAGGAGGUUAUUAAAGAGCUGUUAGACACCUGUCAUAAUAGAAUUAAGAAUUCAUUAUCUGUCACAAUGUGAAAAUUCUGGUGUGUUUUCAAAAACAUUUGUCAUAAAUGGUUUAGAAUGUGCAGGCUUAGAAUGUGUUCUGAAAUUCAUGACAACUUUUACCCAAAUAUCCCAAAAAUAGGCUACAACAUUCUGCGAAAUAUUUAUCACCUGUAAAGUAAUCUAUGAAAUGUGAGUUUGAUAAAAUUCCUGUAAAAAUGGCCAAAUAUAUUGCAGAAAUAAGUAAGGUGAUCCACUGGUCUGAUGAGAACACCCCCAAUAAUGAACUCAUCAAGCGUCUACAGCUCUGCUGCUACCAGCAGGAAAGAAGCCCUCUGGUGUUUGUCCUGAGUUCUUGGGUGUCUGCUGGCAUCCUGUCCCACGGGCUCAGAGGGACCAUAGAGAGAUGGCUUUCCAUCCCUACAACCAUGAGGACAAAUGUUCUUGAUGAGAGGUUUCCGAUGGAUGUCACAGCUGGCAUGUUGCUGAGCCGCCUUCACUUUGAUGGUAGGAUCAGAGUCCAGGUCUCCUUCUCAGGCCAACUCCUCUCCUUGACCCCUGGUGGCUCCAACAAGCCGGCCCACACCACUGCACCAUCAGCGAGUGAUCAGACCAAGAGCUAUUUUCCUUGCAAAACCUCUGUGAUAAGUGGACAACCCAGUCGAGGUUCCUUUGAAUCACUCAUUAAUUUGACUGUAGAAUUGUGGAUUUGGAUUCAAAUUAACUGUGAAGUUCCAGUGAACCAGACCUGGCUGACUGGCCUUCCCUCCUGUCUCUGUCAUCUACAUGAAAGAUAAAUGCAGCCACCCACACCAUGUCAUUAAACAGUAGGUCAUUAAUUCAGAUUUGUUUGAUUUGAAAGGUGAAUGAACCUGGUUAUCACUGCUCAUGCUAAGACCCAGAUGCAGACACAGGAGGCAGAUAGUACGAGUCUCAGAGUUUAUUACUGAACAAGGGGCA